AAAGAGAAAAAGUAAGCAGUUUAAUUAAUGGAAGGCAUCAUGUGGUGGUGUUGUGUUAUGAUGUUUAUUACGCUGAUGAUGAUGAGCUUGAGAGCAGAAGGGCAACUCAAAGCUGGCUUUUAUUCAUCUUCAUGUCCAUCUGCAGAAGCCAUAGUAAGAUCAACCGUAGAAUCUCACUUCAAUAAAGAUCCCACCGUUGCUCCUUCCCUUCUCAGGCUUCACUUCCAUGACUGCUUCGUCCAGGGAUGUGAUGGAUCCAUAUUGAUAUCAGGAUCAUCGGCAGAGAAGAAUGCUUUAGCAAACACUGGUUUAAGAGGCUUUGAAGUCAUUGACGAUGCCAAAUCUCAGCUUGAAGCUUCUUGCUCUGCUGUUGUAUCCUGUGCGGACGUUUUAGCUUUGGCUGCUCGUGACGCUGUCAUUUUGACUGGUGGGCCCAGCUGGUCAGUACCAACGGGAAGAAGAGACGGCACCGUUUCAUUGUCAUCUCAAGCCUCCAACUUGCCUUCCCCCCUCGACCCAGUUUCAGUACAGAGGCAAAAGUUCUCUGCAAAAGGCCUCGACGAUCAUGACCUCGUUACCCUCCUUGGGGCUCACACUAUAGGCCAAACAGACUGCAGAUUCUUCAGCUACCGUUUAUACAACUUCACCACUGCCGGAAACUCCGAUCCGACGAUAAACCAAGCUUUCUUGGGGCAGCUUCAAGCUCUGUGUCCCAAGAACGGAGACGGGUUGAGGAAGGUGCCGUUGGACAGAGACAGUGCGGCGAAGUUCGACGUGAGCUUCUUCAAGAACGUGCGUGACGGUAAUGGGGUUUUGGAGUCUGAUCAGAGGCUGUGGGGGGACUCUGCAACACGAGGUGUGGUGCAGAAAUAUGCAGGGACUGUGAGAGGCUUGUUUGGGCUGAGGUUUGAGUUUGAGUUCCCCAAAGCCAUGAUCAAGAUGAGCAGCAUUGAGGUGAAGACUGGAAGUCAAGGAGAGAUUAGAAAAGUGUGCUCUAAGUUUAAUUGAAGAUGGAUAUGCGUAAAUGGAAAGUUGGAAACUCAUGAUUGCGCUGUUGUCGGUAUAAAGUACUAUGAUUUUCUAUUAUAUGUUUGGUUUGGGGGAAAAUAUUUGCUGAGGGGAAAAGAUUUUCGUGUUUUCAUGUAAAAGAAUAAGAAAAGCUUUGAGCUUUCGUGAUUCAAGAAACGCACGAAUAAGGCAACUUUUUUGGAAAAGUUCUGAGCUUUCGUGAUU